UAAGUGCAAAUUAAUCAUUUUUUUGAUAAUAUAUUUUGAUGCAAUGUACAUAAAUCAUUUUUCAUAAGCAAAUCAAGCAUUAUUAUUUUUCCAAAGUUGGAAUUGCAGAAUGUGAUUAUAUAAGUGACCAUUUUAUAUUUCAGGUUUUUUAUAAAAUUAUGGAUUCUUUCAUAUUUCAUUUAUCCAUUUUCAAGUUGUCCCUUUUGGCAACUUCACUUUCCUUUUCUUUCUCUUUACCCAUCACAGAAUCUCCAAAAGGCAAUGGAAUUGCUUUCCAAACACCUUUGAUUCACUGGUCAUCCCCUGAGUCCCCAUUCUAUGAACCGAACCUGACACCCGGCGAGCUUAUGCAGGCCUCCGUACGUACUUCUCGCGCCAGAGGCAACCAUCUUCAUAAUAAGAUUAUGCUAGAAAAAUCAGGCAAUGUUUCAUACUCGAGGAAAUAUCCAAUUUCACGACUUAGUAUUAUCGACAAGGUUUAUGUGAUGAAAUUUCACAUUGGAAGUCCUCCUGUCGAAACCUAUGCAAUUCCUGACACAGGCAGUGACCUUGUUUGGGUACAAUGUGGGCCAAUUUGCCCUCAUUGCUACAAGCAAAGAAUCCCCUUGUUUGAUUCUGACAAGUCAUCUACUUAUGAAGUAAGAAAUUGUACUCAUCCCGACUGUUUAAAAGCGCUAUGGUGGCUCGGACAGUCUCAAAUUUGCACGAAUCCUCGUGCGCUAUGUGGGUACCAAACAUCAUACGAGGAUGGUUCUUAUUCAGAAGGAACUAUUGGUUCUGAUAUUCUGACAUUUCCUGGACACAUAUCAGAAUUUGGUAACUACACAUUGAGAACAUUUUUCGGCUGCGGGUAUAAUAACUCAGCGGUCCCUGGCGAAGAUCCCGACGAGUUUAAUUCGCCAGGAGUAGUAGGGUUAGCAAAUCAAAUGGCUUCGCUGGUCGGACAGUUAGCCCUUGGACAAUUCUCUUAUUGUAUAUCACUACCUAGCGUGCAAAAACCGAACCAAACUAUUGAAAUCCGAUUCGGUCCAGCAGCUAGUGUUUCAGGACAUUCAACUGCUAUAGUUAGCGAUCUCAAUGGAUGGUAUUUCUUCAAAAGUGUAGAAGGGAUCUAUCUUGAUAAUACACGUGUCGUCGGAUAUCCGGAUUGGGUUUUCCAAUUUUCCAAUGGAGGACACGGAGGGCUAAUAAUCGAUACUGGAACAACAUAUACGGAACUUUAUCAUCUAGCAUUCAAUGCUCUAGUCCAGAGCUUAACAGACUUUAUUGCAUUUGAGCCCGACAGAUUCGACGAGAGCAAUUCGAAUUACUCGUUAUGCUAUUCAGCAGAGGGAUUUGCUGAUGCUUAUCUGCCUACCAUCGAGUUCCGAUUUAAAGAUAAUCAAGAUACAUUUCUUGAUUUCGGUUUCGAUAAUUCUUGGAUUUAUAAUGGGUCCGAUCAGUAUUGCUUGGCUAUGUUUAGUACCACAGGAGUUUCUAUUAUUGGGAUUUAUCAACAAAGGGGUAUUAAAUUUGGGUAUGAUUUGAAGAAUAGUGUUGUUUCUUUCACUGAUUCACCUGGAUGUGAUGUUACAUCUUGAUAUUUGUUUAUAAUUCUGUUAUGCGUAUUUAUAAGACUCAAUGUUGAUGGAAUUAUCCAUAAUCGGUUGAUUUAUAUUCCAUGGG